GGAGGCCGGUGCUUCCCGCGCGUCCCCAGGACUUUGCCAUGGGCUGGGGGCCGCGCGGGCUGCGAGCAGCCGGCCGAGGGCAGCGGCGACGCCGCCCGCACCGGGACUGAGCGAGCGGCGACGCGUGGCGCCGAGAUGGCAGCGUCCAGCAACUCAAGUCUGUCCGGCUCCUCUGUGUCCUCUGAUGCCGAGGAAUACCAGCCUCCAAUAUGGAAAUCGUACUUGUAUCAGCUGCAGCAAGAGGCACCGCGUCCCAAGAGGAUCAUCUGUCCCCGGGAGGUGGAAAACAGACCAAAAUAUUAUGGAAGAGAGUUUCAUGGGAUCAUCUCCCGGGAGCAGGCUGAUGAGCUUCUAGGCGGUGUGGAGGGUGCCUACAUCCUCCGAGAAAGCCAACGGCAGCCGGGAUGCUACACGCUGGCACUGAGGUUUGGGAACCAGACCUUAAACUACCGGCUCUUCCACGACGGGAAGCACUUUGUGGGUGAGAAGAGGUUCGAAUCCAUUCACGACCUGGUAACAGAUGGCUUGAUCACACUCUACAUAGAAACCAAGGCGGCUGAGUACAUCGCAAAAAUGACCACAAAUCCCAUUUACGAACACAUCGGAUAUGCCACUCUCCUCAGAGAAAAAGUGUCCAGAAGGCUGAGCAGGUCUAAAAAUGAAUCAAGGAAAGCUAGCGUCACCAAUGAGGAGCACACGCCAGUGGAGAAGAUCUCUUCACUGGUCCGAAGAGCUGCCCUCACACACAACGACAACCACUUCAACUAUGAGAAGACACACAACUUCAAGGUGCACACAUUCCGGGGCCCACACUGGUGUGAAUACUGUGCCAAUUUUAUGUGGGGGCUCAUCGCCCAGGGAGUCCGGUGUUCAGAUUGUGGGUUAAAUGUACACAAACAGUGUUCUAAGCAUGUCCCCAAUGACUGCCAGCCCGAUCUCAAGAGGAUCAAGAAAGUGUAUUGUUGUGACCUCACCACGCUUGUAAAAGCUCACAACACUCAGAGACCCAUGGUGGUGGACAUAUGUAUUCGUGAAAUUGAAGCAAGAGGAUUAAAGUCAGAAGGGCUUUACAGAGUCUCUGGGUUCACAGAACACAUUGAAGAUGUCAAGAUGGCGUUUGACCGAGAUGGUGAAAAGGCAGAUAUCUCUGCUAACAUCUACCCAGACAUAAACAUCAUCACUGGAGCCCUGAAACUGUACUUCAGAGACUUACCCAUCCCGAUCAUCACAUAUGACACCUAUUCCAAAUUUAUAGAGGCGGCAAAAAUCUCCAAUGCAGAUGAGAGGCUGGAAGCUGUCCAUGAGGUCCUGCUGCUGCUGCCUCCUGCUCACUAUGAGACCCUGCGCUACCUGAUGAUCCACCUCAAAAAGGUUACCAUGAAUGAAAAGGACAAUUUAAUGAAUGCAGAAAAUCUGGGGAUCGUGUUUGGGCCCACCCUGAUGAGACCCCCUGAGGACAGCACCCUCACCACCCUCCAUGAUAUGCGGUACCAAAAGCUGAUCGUGCAGAUUUUAAUAGAAAACGAAGAUGUUCUGUUUUAAUCCAUCAGGGAAGUGAGCUGAUAGAGCUAGUGGAAUAAAAACGUUUCUCACACUUGAUUUGUUUUUUCAAACAAGUGGCAGAAUUUUCUGGACCACAGUGGAUUGCAGAGCUGGGGACUGUGUCUCCCGCCUCCACAUGAAAGCAAGGGUGAGGGUAGGAAGCCCCUUACCUUGGGUCUUUUGCCGUGCCUCGUAUGUAUGUCUGUUUUGCUGGAAGAGUGAUUAAUAAAUCUUUCUUUAACUUAUUAAAAAAAUGUAGACUUUUAAGCUUCAGUCUUACCAGUAAUAAAAGGGAACUUAAUUCAUAAAGGUACUUGGUACAAUAUGCAUUUUCCACCUUCAGUAAAAAAGAAGACAAUUCUAUAUGUUAAAUGUUAAAUGAAACUUAUAUUGUAAGAUGUAUUUUAUUUUAGCUGCAAGAAUGUUAUUUUAUUUUAGCAAAUAGAAUCCAAUGCAGUGCGUUGGUUAUGGCCCUGUUCCUUGUCCCCUUCUUGCUGUGAUGCCUGGUGAACGUUGGCCGUGAAUGCAGUGUCACCUUGACAUACCUCUGUCCCGAUGAGUUCUUCCAUGAAAGGUCACCCUCCCUCCCCAUGUCCCCGCUGUUCACACUUCUUGCUCCUCGGCACUGGCUUUCUGCUGUGAGAUAUUGUAUGUUCAUAGUGUUUCUAGGCUGGUUUGAAGCAUCCACCAAUUUCCUUUCUGUAAGCAUUCUGUGACUUCCCAAAGGAUGUUAUGGAGUUAGUUAUGGCCUCUCCACUUCUCUUGUGUACAUUCUAGCACAUGCAGAGUGUGCACUGCUACAGAAAGUGACCUGGAUGCACUGGGACCGUAUCACAGAAUUAGCACUUUCCCUCUUCCCAGCCAGGCCCUUUAGGCUGAUGUCAAUGGCAUGUUGAAAUUCUUUGCCACAUUUCCCUUUGGAUGAAUCAUGAAUCUUUAGGAUCAUUGUUGAAUCUUGUUCCUUACUUUUGUUUUAUAAACCUAUUAUUAAAUUAUGAAUAAAUAAGGUUUUUUUAAAUCAGAUGUUUUUCCUUCAUAGAAGUUGCUCUGUAUGGAAGAUAAUUUAACAUGAUUUUAUUACUAGAGACACAUCCUGUUGGUUAUAUUUAUCUUAGCAUGAGAUUUCCACACCAAGAUCUCUAUAUUUUGUAACGUAGGCAAAAUAUUUACAACAGCAAAAGCUGUACAUUUAGAUUUUUAAAGCCAGUUGCAGUGUCUUUCCCUUGAUUGAGAUGACCCACGCACUGACAAGUCUUGCUUAGAGUGCCCAGAAGAGAACUGCCCUGUUAUGGUGGUAGAGCCUGCAGAGGUUGUCCUGCCUCUGAGGGCGGAAUCGUGGCAUCCAGGGCUCAGUUUGGCUUGCUCUCUGCUGUCACUGUUCCUCACGACUGUACAGAUAUGUUUGUUGUGGCUUCUGUACUUCUUGAUACUGUCAAUAAUAAUCUGGAAAUGGUUUUAUUUUGUGAAGUGAGCAAUACUUUGUAACUUAUGACUGUAAUGGAAGGAAAACCAUUCCAUGUAUUAAAUACUCUGUCCAUCCUU